AUUGAUGGGCGUACUGAGCUGUGCAGGGACGGGAGAUACCCUCCUUCAUUGUAGCAAAACAAAACCAUGUUCUCUCCCGGUUUUUCCUCAGCUUGUUGCUGGGCUCUCCGCGACACCCUUCCUGGACCUCAGCUGUUUUUUAUUAUUAUUAUUGUUUUUUUUUUUUACUCCCAGUGCUCGUUGACACGCAGGUCUGAUGAUGCUGUUGCGGCGUUUUCAUGGGAAAAAAGCUCAUGAGAGAAAAAACAACACAAGGUAGUGCAUCCCAGCAGUGCCACGUAUUGUACUUAUUUGUUUAAUCCUGGUGAGGUGCUCGCUUGCCUGUGCUCUUUCUUGUGUUAAUUGUGCUGUCGGACAGUGCUGCUAGCCUACUUUGGGAGAAUGAGGUAAAAAAAAAAACAAAUGCACCUGCCGUGAAGACAACGGAGAAACCGGAGCACAUGGGCAUCUCUUCCCCGGACCUCAAAUUAUUGCACAGUCGCUUUUGAGUAACCCACCUUUGUUACGCCGCCAUGGAUCAGUUUUUUUAUCUGCAUCUUGUAAUAUUUACCCGUCGCUGGGCUUUAAACCCACCCGAGUACGAGGAUGACAGCUGAUCGCCCCUCCUCUCCCCGGACUUCAAUAAAAACGCGCUCCAGCUGAACGCGCUGCCAUCGAUUGGAAGCCAGGCUCUUCGUGUCCGCUGUGUUUAACAAUAGAUGGAGCGCGGAGGGUUGUGACAUUUGGCCGAUUGCCACCCUGACCUUUCCCCCCUUCCUAGUCCAGUUACCAGGCUUCACUGGCAGUAGCCCGCGUUUCACUGACGGCCACUUCACUUCAUUUGUGCUCGGCGGUAAAAAGAUUAGAUGACCCACCUGCAGAAAUGCUACGUGCGAGCACAUCUCCUCUCGGAAACUACACUUCUCUUACUCUUUGAUACUUUGCGCUAAAGCCGUGGUCGUGGAUGAUCCUCGAGUAGCCGAUAAAACCGUCGUGGUGUCAGCAUGGCCUUGAGCUUUAGGGGAUUUGCGUAGAUUAUCGCCGGACUGCUAUUUUAUUCCCACGGUCGCAUUCUUAACAGAACUCAGCGGCUUUUGAUCCGCAGUCCCUUUUUCCUCCGCUUCCCCUCGGACGCCUGUAAAACUCCAGCAGGGAAGCCUGAACCCGCGGUUUUCGUGUAGGGGAGGGGAGACAACGGAGCGCAUUCAUAAACGAUGACUGCCACGGAGGUGUUUGCUACCAGAUCUGAGGAUACAACGAGUUUGGCGCUGCUGGCACCCCGUGGAUGUGGGGGGACGAGACGCGCAUUGAGGCUGUAGUUAACACUCGCCAUUUACGCGCAGGGAUGCCGUCGCUGUGACUGGGAGAGGUAGUCCUUCAGCAGAGCCGCGAACAGCCCAGAAACACAACACAGCAGCGCCCGAACAGUCAGCAGCCUUCCGGACUCGUUUUAACCAUCUACCGGGCGCUUACCGGAGGAUGUUUCAGCGAGGAUGCUGCGCUUCCCCGUGAAGAAGAUCCGGAAGCAGUUCAAGCUCCUGCUGCUGCUGGUACUGCUCACCUCGGCGGUUUGGUUCACUUACCUGCACAUCAACCAGGGCAAGACUAUCAAACUACACUUCAACUACGGAAAAGAUGGAGAGAGACAGACGGAGGGGACCGACGCCAGCCGAAAGAGGGACACUCGCUCCUCAGCCGGACACCACAAGAGCGAGGACACCAGCGACAGCAGGGAGGACGAUGCCGCAGAUGACGAGCCAAUGACAGCAGGGGCUGACGGCAGAGAUCGCACCCGUAUUCGGAAGUUCCUCAGCCAGCAUACCAAGAAAUUACCCUGGAAACCAGAGUAUAAGGGCCAGGCUAACCUUCACGUGUUUGAGGACUGGUGUGGCUCCUCUAUAGCCCAGCUGAGAAAGAACUUGCACUUCCCUCUCUAUCCUCAUGCCAGGACAACAGUGAAGAAACUGGCAGUGGCUCCAAAGUGGAAGAACUAUGGCUUGAGAAUAUUUGGCUACCUUCACCCUUACAGAGAUGGUGAUUUCCAGUUCUCAGUAUCAUCAGACGAUAACUCUGAGUUCUGGCUGAGCCCUGAUGAGAGUCCUCUUAAUGCCAGACUGCUGGUCUAUGUAGGACAGCUGGGGACAGAGUGGACCGCUCCAGGCGAGUUUAGCAAGUUCAGGUCCCAGUCUUCGAAGUCUGUGCAUCUGAUCUCAUCCAGACGAUACUACUUUGAGAUUCUCCACAAGCAGGAUGACAAGGGCUCGGAUCACGUAGAGGUUGGGUGGCGUCCAUUCCUGCCUGGUCUGAAAUAUGAAGUGAUAGACUCGGCCUACAUCUCCCUCUACACAGAUGAGUCCAAUCUGAAGAUGAACAGUGUGGACCACAUCCCUCAGACCUUGGCCAGUCACAUCCGUCUCCCAAAGGAGUCACAGCCUCAGGGUCUGGAGGGAGGCCGUACCAUCCUGCAUGGAGCUGAUAUGCUGAAGCCGGAUCCCAGGGACACCUUCUAUAGCACCCCUAUGAUUGACCCCUCUCGACUGGAAAACGUUCUUCCGGCCUGUCUUUACUCUCCAACCUAUGUAGUCAAAGAUUUCCCCAUUGCCAGAUACCAGGGCCUGCAGUUCGUCUAUCUGUCUUUCGUCUACCCUAAUGACUUCACGCGCCUCACCCACAUGGAGCGAGAGAACAAGUGUUUCUACAGAGAGUCCCCUAUCUACCUGGAGAAGUUUGGUUUCUACAAAUAUAUGAAGAUGGAUGAGGAAGAAGAUGACAGGCCGUUCUUCUUCCCGAACCCAGAUGAUUUCCUAGAGGAGGAGGAGGUGGUAGAUGCAGAGGAUGAGGCAGAGAUUGUUGGCACACAGUCACCUAAGAAGCCCUCUUAUCCAAGCCAGACCAGCCAUACUUCAAAUCCCUCCUAUCGGCAAUCAAAGUCUGAGCCCACACCAGCUGGCCGAGACAAGGAGAAAGAGAAGGAGGAUCCUAAUGAUGAAGAAGAUGAGGGCCCAGUCAACAGUAUCAUACAGCACAGAGAAAGGAGGCGUUUUCCUCGCAGAGACAGACAGAUGGAUAGGGAUUUGGACAGAGACUGGGGGAGAGAUCAUACAAGGGAGAAUAUGAGAAAGGACACGGGGAAGAGACUUGAAAACAUCGAAGCAAGGGUUCUUCAGCCUGAUAUCGAAAGUGUGGUUAGGGGUCGCUCUCUGUCCUGGGUCCACACUGAUUCUGCAGAACUACACCCUGCCAGGAAAGGCGGAGGAACAGGUGGCGGAGAAGACAGCGGAGUUGACACACGGACUAAACUCAGCAAGUCUUCUCUUCUCUUUCCCCAAAAGUCGUCCCUCUCUGCCCUUGCUAGCCGAGCCAGGCAGAUCCUCAGCAACUCUGCACAUGGCAACAACCUCCAUGAUAGGCUUCCCGGGAGCAAAAAAGAGAAGAGGGAGGAGAACAAGAUCUACAUCACCAGGCCCAAGCCUGCAAGGGAGAGAGAGAAGGAGAGGGAGCAGCGGCGAGAGAGGAGGGAGGAGAGGGCAUCUCGCCACCCUAGAGAAGUUUUCCCAGGAGUCUUUUUGUAUCAGACUGGAAAGACCACCAGGCUGGUAAACCUGGGUGCCAGGAGACGUGGUGGGGGAGGCGUAACAGGAAGUAGGAGUCUGAUUAGUGCACCUCAGCUCUGGCCUAACCCCCCUAUAAAAGAAGGUAAGGCUUCUCCUCACAAUGGAAGCACCAACACACACAAUGAAAGUGUGCUAAAGUCUUCUAACAAGGCAGCAGGGGCAAAACAGCCAGAGAAAAGCAAAAGCAAAGGAGAUCCCCGGGAUUUAAAGACUACUAUCAUGGCUGACCCACCCAGUAAAGAAGACCACCUAAUCCAACCGUCCUCUCACCGCGGUCCCCCUCAUCCCUCUGUUACCCCACCAAGGUUUAACUUUACAGACAACACAAUCCAAGGUCAAUCACGGGUUACUUCUUACCUGCGGACCUCAGAGAUUACAGAGUCCCAGCAGCAGCCAGACCCCAACCCUCCAGAUAUCGACCAAGAUACAAACCACUCUAAUCCUGAUCCCGAUGCCGACCCUGACCCCGAGCCAGAGCCAGAGGAGGGUGAAAUGUCAGAUUACAGCUACGAGGAGGUGGAGGCUCGGCCAGGUUGGGCAGAGGAGAGCAUUAACUGGCAGAGGACUUUCUCAGUCAAUCCGAUGGACUUUGAGCUUCUGCGCUCUGACUGGAAUGACUUGCGCUGUAAUGUGUCUGGGAACCUGCAGCUAGCAGAGAGCGAGGUGGUGGACGUGCUGGCACAGUACAUGGAGAAACUCAAUGAGCGCAAUGGGGGGAUCUACACCCUGUUGCGAAUUAUCAACGUUGAAAAGCGGCGUGACUCGGCAAGAGGGAACCGGUACCUCGUGGAGCUGGAGCUUAUGGAGAGAGGACGUAGCGUGGUACGCCUUUCAGAAUACAUUUACCUGCUGCUACACCGCAGCAAGCAGGGGGAGGAAAGUUUAGAGAACACAGACUCUGCCCCUGCCUCAGCACCGGCUUCGGCCCUCUCCACUGCCACUCCCAGCCUCACCACCCCACCGCCUCCUCCUCCUCCCACCAAGUCGUCUGGCCGAGCAGCAGCAACACCCUGGAGCACUGCAUAUGCUAAGCCUCUGCUAUGCCAGCCAGUCAUGCUGCAAUGGAGGAAAGAUGUCAUGGUACACUUUGUGGUCCCAGUAAAAAACCAGGCUCGCUGGGUGCAGCAGUUCAUCUCUGACAUGGAAAAUCUUCACCGGCAGACAAAAGAUGACAACUUCAGCAUCAUCAUUGUGGAUUUUGAGAGCGAAGAUAUGGACGUGGAGCAGGCACUUCGAGAGAGCAGUGUGCCAAGAUAUGAGUAUCUUAGGAGAGAAGGCAACUUUGAGCGCUCAGCAGGACUGCAGAUGGGAGUGGACACUAUUGAGGACAGUCACAGCAUCGUAUUCCUGUGUGACCUGCACAUCCAUUUCCCUCUCAACAUCUUGGAAAGCAUCAGAAAGCACUGCGUGGAGGGACGCCUUGCUUUCGCUCCCAUUGUCAUGAGACUCGGCUGUGGUAGUUCACCACAGGAGCCUGAUGGUUACUGGGAGGUAAACGGCUUUGGCCUGUUUGGAAUUUAUAAAUCUGAUUUCGAUAAAAUUGGAGGGAUGAACACAGAAGAAUUCAAAGACCGCUGGGGUGGAGAGGAUUGGGAACUGUUGGACAGGGUCCUGCAGAAUGGUUUGGAAGUAGAAAGACUACGCUUGAGGAACUUCUUUCACUACUACCACUCCAAAAGAGGCAUGUGGAAUGCCCAAAACAAAAAAACUCCCAAGGGAUAGCGCACCCUGUUGGUCAGAGGAUCCUAAACCUACCUGCAGACCCACUGUGUGUGUGAGAGAGAGACCUGUCGGAGCUCGCUCACUGCCUGAAUUCUGCCUUUUCGAAACAGGCUCCUUUCAGGGACUCCUCGGCCCCUGUUGUGUAUUUGUCUGUACGAGGAAACUGAAUCCAAAUUCAAAAUUUGGAGGCGUGCUUUUUACGCAGACGGACCUGAGUCAUCACUUUGCCUCACUGACUGAACUACUGUACAGAGAGAAGUUAUUUUUAUUCUCCUUUUCUCUGUCCUUUUUGGUGCAAUGUUUUCAGACAGACUGGAAAGCAGAAAGCAUGUGUGCGUGUGUGUGUGUGUGUGUGUGUGUGUGUGUGUUUGUAUGUGUGGGUAUGUAUAUAUAGGCGUGUGGGUGUGUCGCCAUGACAGAAAGCACCUUUUUUUUUCUAACACGGAGAUGUGAAGACAACCUAAGAUCUUUUUGCUAACAUGCUCUCACGCGGGAGCCUAAUAGAAUGUGUGUCAACGUGUUCAUCAGAUGAUUCAGAUGCAGGGUUGUAGCUCAAUUAGAGGAACACUUUGUUUGAUAAAGCAGUACAUCAACUUCUACCUGUUAAAUAUCAUUGACUAGAAUGACUGAGGUGCUGAACUCCUCUUUGUAUCUGAUAUUAUAAACCACAGAAAGUUUUCCGUUCAGAAAAAGCCCUUUCUCAAACAGAUACAUCCCUUUCUGCCCCUCUUUCUCCUUCUGUAUCUCCUUUAUCUUAUUCCUUCCUUUAUCCUUUUCCUUGUCAUGCUAAUUUGUGUGUUUGUAUCUGUUUGUAAUAUUAUUUUAUAAUGUCAAUUUUAAAAUAGAGCAUUUAUAAUAAUGCAAGCUAAUGGUUAUGACUUGAUUCGUUUUGUUUUAAGUGAUGAGGGUUUUUUUUUUUUUUUUUAAUAAGGGACUUUUAUUUAUCUGGACUAAGCAUGUGCUUACAUUUGGCAUGCUAUUCCUGUUCAAUAACACUGAAUUUGUGAGCAUUUCAGAUCUACUGACAGAUUUUUUUUUGUUUGCUUGUUUGUUUGGUUUUUGGGUUUUUUGGAGAGAACAACAAAAUGCUAUUUGCCAUUUGAUUUAAUACUAUCAUGCCAUUGUUUGGAGCAUUUCCGGUACUGAUUGUUGCAUUUUAAAUACUGGAUUUGAGGGAUUAAAACUUCAUUUCUCGUAUUAAAAUCCCACAGAGACAGGGAAUGCUUGGCUGUUGAAAAUACAGAUACUCUUCUGUUUGAGCUUGUUUUAAGCGCUAACAGAAGGCAGACCAGUUCAUGUGUGGGACACGGUGGUGCAAGGCAUGGCUGUUUCACAAAUGUGUGCCUUUAUCAGGGUUUGGCUGCAGGCAGUUUUUAAGCUACUUUAAUGACUGACGAGGGCCGGGACAAACAGAAAUACAACAGUAUUUAUCAGCAGGCUGUAAUGUCAGUGUAAAUUCAGAUAUACUGUAAAAAGAGGAAAAUAAUGUUCUCUUUUAAGGAUCGUAGAAGUGUCACUGUGUUUAUUGUAUUAUCUCAAAAGAAAGGACAGGUUUGAUUGAGGUUUUAGUGAUACAGAGUGCUCACUGAUGAGAUAGACUUAGAAGGAGAAUCAUUAAGAAUGACUACUGAGUGGGAACAGAGGGUGUGAUAAAGAGUCACUGGCAGCUGCAGUCCAGCAGGACCCCACCUGCUCCCAUUAUUUUGGCUGGAGGCCGGGCUCCUAAUGCCUUCUGUUUAUGCAACAUGGCACUUAUAUUGAGGAAGAGUGGCUGGAGGGCUCUUGGCUGGACAUGUAUAUGGAUGAACACUAACGAUCUGUUAUUGACUAUAUGAUUGUCAAAAUGCCCUCUAGACCUUUUUUGCCUCUACGGGAAAAAAAGGUCUACACUGUACAUCAUUUUACAUUCACAUGGGACUAUUUAAAAUAAAGGAAACACAUUAAUAUAAGAAUAUAUACAUAUAUAUAUAUACAGAUAUAUAUAUAUGAAACAUUUAAAAAAUGAAAAAACAAGUAUACAUUCCGAGGUAAUUUCUGUGAAAUUGUUUUGUAGAGAAAAGGUUUUAAGAAUGUAUUGUACUUUUAUUUUCAUUUGUCGUUUUUUGUUUGUUUGUUUGUUUGUUUGUUUUUGCAAAUAAACUUUUAUCCUUACAUCUGGA